AUGGCUGGGCCUUGGGGCCCUUCGACAAGGCAGAAGAAAGAAGACGGGGAAAGUAACAUUGGUAUUUUGGUCCGUUUUCCAAAAGAGAGGAGAGUGACAGCGUCACGUAGGUCUAUGGAGGAUUGCCUCGGAGAAGCCCCGAUUCAUAAAGCAGCAAAAGUUGGGAAUUUGGAAUGUCUUGCUCUCCUUGUUGUUGGCGAUGCCAAAAUUGACUUGCGCAACAACAGCGGACAAACGGCGGCAGAGCUGGCACUGGCUUACGGCUUUCUGGAAUGUGCCAAGUUCCUGACGGGGAUUCAGCAGAGUCGGGCACUGAAGCGGAGAGGACAGCCUGGCUGCGCACCUGGUGACCAAUGCCGCUCGCCCAGGGAGGACCCAGCUGCACGGAAAGGAGAAAGUGACACCAGCAGAUCCGUAAGCAGGAAGAGGAGAAGAGCAGAUGGUGUGUAA